GGUUCAAACCAUUCACUAUAAAACCUUUAAGUAAACAGCCCUGCAACUUUUUUUUUUCUGGUUGACUUUUUUGGGCUCCAGAUGACACGGAUAGUGUAUGAAUUUUUACCCCUAAUGCUUGUUCCAAAUUUUUUCAACCCUACCACUUUAAAAUGGUUUCAGACGAUACGACAGUUGAAAUAGUUGUUGUAUGUGAAAGGAUGUGAAAGCCAGAGAGCCUGAUAAUGGCGAUUUGUUUCGGAGUAGGACUGGCUCUAGAAACUCCAACCAUGACUGUUACACCACGUAUCUACUGAGACAAGAUGGUGGACGAGUAUGGUACAGAAAAAUCGAAAACUCGAUUAUUUUCAUGGGGAGCAAAUAGCUACGGACAACUGUGUUUUGGUCAUGAGAAGGAUGUGUUGUCUCCUGAAAAUAUCGAUGCUGGUUGUCUUCCAGAAAACAUAGCAGUUGCAAUGAUACAAGGUGGUGGAGGGCACACAGCGGUGAUAACAGAAAGUCAAGAGCUUUUUAUGUGUGGUUGGAAUAACAAAGGGCAGCUUGGUUUGGGUGAUACACAAGACAGGCCUGUUCUGUGUCAUGUUCAGGGUCUCAGUUCUGUCAGACAAGUGUCAUGUGGAUGGAAUCACACUUUGGUGAUUGCUGAUGUCGGUUUUUAUGUUUGGGGCUCUAAUGCAUUUGGACAGUUGGGUAUAGGAACACUUGGUGGUCAGUUGACAAGUCCUGUGCUAUGUCAGAAUCUCCCAAAUGAACAAGUUCUCAGCAUUGCAGCAGGACUCAGACAUUCACUGGUUGCUUUAGCUGAUGGAUCUGUCUGGUCUUGGGGAGCUAAUAAAAAGGGCCAGCUUGGUGUAGGAAAAACGGGAUCCAAUUGUUCUACUCCUCAACAAGUUUUGUUCCCAGAUGGUUUACAACAGACAAGUAUAGAGGUAGUGGCAGGAUCACACCAUUCGGCUGCAUUAACAGCUUCAGGGCAGGUGUACUGCUGGGGCUCCAAUCAACAUGGACAGUGUGGAAGGCCUCCAGAUGAACUAACAAAAGACCACAGUCAACAAGUAUUAACAACACCACAGCUGAUAGGAGGAUUAUUAUCUAAUGUUCGUGUCACCCAACUCAAGACAGGCUGGAGUCACCUACUAGCCAUCACAGACAAGAUGGUGGACGAGUAUGGUACAGAAAAAUCGAAAACUCGAUUAUUUUCAUGGGGAGCAAAUAGCUACGGACAACUGUGUUUUGGUCAUGAGAAGGAUGUGUUGUCUCCUGAAAAUAUCGAUGCUGGUUGUCUUCCAGAAAACAUAGCAGUUGCAAUGAUACAAGGUGGUGGAGGGCACACAGCGGUGAUAACAGAAAGUCAAGAGCUUUUUAUGUGUGGUUGGAAUAACAAAGGGCAGCUUGGUUUGGGUGAUACACAAGACAGGCCUGUUCUGUGUCAUGUUCAGGGUCUCAGUUCUGUCAGACAAGUGUCAUGUGGAUGGAAUCACACUUUGGUGAUUGCUGAUGUCGGUUUUUAUGUUUGGGGCUCUAAUGCAUUUGGACAGUUGGGUAUAGGAACACUUGGUGGUCAGUUGACAAGUCCUGUGCUAUGUCAGAAUCUCCCAAAUGAACAAGUUCUCAGCAUUGCAGCAGGACUCAGACAUUCACUGGUUGCUUUAGCUGAUGGAUCUGUCUGGUCUUGGGGAGCUAAUAAAAAGGGCCAGCUUGGUGUAGGAAAAACGGGAUCCAAUUGUUCUACUCCUCAACAAGUUUUGUUCCCAGAUGGUUUACAACAGACAAGUAUAGAGGUAGUGGCAGGAUCACACCAUUCGGCUGCAUUAACAGCUUCAGGGCAGGUGUACUGCUGGGGCUCCAAUCAACAUGGACAGUGUGGAAGGCCUCCAGAUGAACUAACAAAAGACCACAGUCAACAAGUAUUAACAACACCACAGCUGAUAGGAGGAUUAUUAUCUAAUGUUCGUGUCACCCAACUCAAGACAGGCUGGAGUCACCUACUAGCCAUCACAGAGGAUGCUCACGUUUUUUCAUGGGGCCGUGCAGACUAUGGUCAGUUGGGUGUGGGUGAUGACGCGGUGCAGCAAGGGUUUUGUAGAGAACCAACAGAGAUCACACACGUUAGAGAUGCUAAACAGGUUGUUUGUGGUGCUGAACACAACAUGGCUCUGUUGGAUUCUGGUUUAGUCCUGACUUGGGGUUGGAAUGAGCAUGGAAUUUGCGGGACUGGGCAUGAAACAGUGAAUGUGCACCAACCAGAAGCAGUUGCUCAACUUUGUGACUACCACAUCUCUCUGAUUGGAUGUGGUGGUGGACACAGUUUUGCAUUAGCCAAGAGAUAACAUUUCACAGAAUGAGUCAUGGACAGUACUUUAUGGGCAUGGCUUAGUACAAUGUCUGUGGGAACAAAACAAUGUGUCACGUACUUGUGUGUAGAAGAGUGAAAGCCAAAGCACGUAUUAUUUGAAAAGACAUUAUUUCUGCAGCAAUGUGUCCUCUGGAACAAGGCCACAGAAGGUGGACUCUUCGUCCACUGAGGCAUUGUCAAGGCCUGGUCACAUUGUGCAACAUUAUGUCCAAUAUGUCGUACAUUUUUACUUGUGCCCACCCCUGAAAUUGUUUCACAGAGUAUUUCAGAAGUGAAACAAGAUUCUUCUCCUGCAAUAUUGACUACCACAUGAUGUAAUAGGCCAUUUUGCUAAUUCAAAUAUUUCCUAGUUCCAUUUCCUUGUGGGGGCAAGAACUGAUCACUCUGACAAAAAUGGCCUCAUUAAUUCAUUAAACAUAUCAAAUUUUGUCCCCACAAGGGACUAGAGCUAGCAUUAGUAAAAUGGUGUAUUUAGCCAUUUGCAUUGUUCUAGAAAAUAUCCAACCCCUCCCUUGAAAGGUGUGUUAUGUUUGACCUCCCCCUCCUCUCCUGCUGGAAAUUCCAGUUAUGGUACAUACUUUGCUUUGAAAAAAUUUGGCUUUUGAGACCCUCACCCCCCUUGAAAUUUCCAAUAGCCCUCCUUGGGGUGGGUAUGGAUAUUUUCUGGAACCACACGUUGGGAGUAAUAUUGUAUGCAAUGUCGCACUGCAUGUUGAGGUCUUCAUUUUGAAUGUUGUAACAAGAGAUGUUGGUAAAGGUCAGGGAUGGUGAUGUAGAAAACCACUCUCAAGAAAUAAAAGGAACGGUAAAUGAUAUUUGGAUUCAAUGUUGAAAAAAUACCAGCGAAGAGCCUUGUGAAACCUAACAACGAAAUGUGCACAUCCUUAAUGUACAUAAUUUGUUUCUGAAGUAAAAAGGGUUUAUCUGAAUUUUGGUAUCUCUCACUGAGUUAGAGUCUUUUGGUUAUAUUACAGAGGUGUUCAUGGCUUUGAUAUACCACAUUUAAGGCCAAAGAACCUGAACAUCUUACCUUCCUGGUUGGGACACCGAAGUAGUUAAGAUGGGGGAUUAUAACCAACCCCCACCCACUCACAACCCAGCAAGAGGUAGCAGUGCUUUUUCUGGUACAUGUAGUAACAGUGCAUUCCCUGACAAAACCAGGCUUGACAUCCGGUGUUGUAUUACUGUUAUUGCCU